AAUUAAAUGCACAGCUUUCCUGUAUGGGCAAAUAUACGUUAUUAGUAUAAAAAGUUAAAGAAUGCUAGCCGUGUCAAAAGGAACCGCUUGUAACAUUAACAAGAAGUCGCUUAGUUCUUGCUAGUCUCUACCCACCUUUCUUGACGUAAGCUUUAUUUUUUUUGAAGCCACCGCCUUCUCUCCCCGCCCAAAACUAGCGAACCCCACCCCCGUCCUUUAGACAUAACCCGGAUGGGAAACUCAUUUUACUUCCGGUUCCCUGCCACUUUACUUCUCCGUUUCUAUGGAAAAGAAAACUGUCCAUCUCUAUGCAUCCGCUGGUAUCCGUACGCGCCAUUUUCAAAAAGCUUUACCGCCGUCAAGGCUGCACAGAGUCGCCAGAGGAACAGGAAAUAGAGGGAAGGGAGUUUGGAUAAACGACUCCCAGCAACCUGUAACCGCUGAAAUCAACCAGUAACAGAUGUAGCGUGGACAUCAAAGACAAAGCAAGAUGAAACUGUCAAGAAGAGAUCCACCCGCCUUUGGCCUGCUAUAGUUAAAUGUUUAAUGGGUUUGUUGUUAUGACAUUACUCUGAAGGGAACAUUAAAGAAAAAAAAGCUUUCGGUCAACUUCUUUUGCUCUAAAUUUGAAGCUAAAAGGAUCUGCAAUGAGCACCGCAGGAGAAAGGAAAUUUAUAAACAUAAGAAAACGCCUGGAUCAGCUGGGUUACAGACAGCCUUUGGGGAUCGAGUCCUUGCCUUUAGUUGAAAGGCUUUUCAGUGACCUGUUGCACACUACAGAGAGCUUACGCAAUGCCAAGCUUUCAGUCGGAAAAAAUGAAAAAGAGAACAAAAAUGUGGAUGCUUAUCUUGAGCCUUUUCAGGCAGAAAAUGCUCGACUAGUAGAGGAAAACAAUGUACUUCAUCUAUCUUUACUGAAAGCGAAGGAGGAGAAAGAAAAAUUUAGUAAAGAUUUAAAAGCUACCAUCAGAAAACUGGAACAUGAGACGGCAGAUCUUAAAUUUUUGAACAAUCAGUAUGUUCAUAAAGUAAAAUCUCUUGAGAAAGACAGUAAGGCCAAGGCUGAAAAGAUUCAGCUGCUACAGGAAAAAAACUUGCAGGCCAUUGUUCAAACACCAGGUGGUAAAAAAAGAACAAUUCCUUUCAGACGUCAGCGUAUGCAGAUUGAUCAAGUAGUUCCUCCUUUUUCUGGUUCUUUUAUGCCAGUACCUCAGCCUGAGGAUCCAUAUGUUGCAGACCUCCUGCAAGUUGCAGAUAACAGAAUUCAAGAACUUCAGCAAGAACUCUCUAGAGUGAAACAGGAACUUGAAAGAUCUGAUGCAGGAAUAAGACAUCUAAAUGUUCAAGUACAGGAAAGAGAUAAAGAAAUAGAAAGACUUGGACGCGCACUACAUGGUGGUCGACCUCAUGAUGUUAUAUCAUUGGAAGCACGUAAUAAAAGCAAUGAAAAAAUGAUAGCACAUCUGAAUGUACAGAUUGAAUUCCUUCAAAAAUCUAACCAUGAGCUAGAAAAACGUAUUCAGGAGCUCCAAGAGAAAAAGCAUAAUUCCACCAGUGAAAUUGCAAAUUUAAGUGCAAAAAAUGAAGAAUUAUGCCAAGAACUUACUGAGAUAGAUCAGCUUGCACAACAAUUAGAAAGAGACAAAAACAUUGUUCUGGAAGCAGCUGAUCAGGAGCUUGAAGAAGCAAAGAAAGAAAUUCAGAGACAGCACAGAGAAUUGGAAGAUUAUGAAGAUAUUGUUUCAAAGAUUAAAAUGGAACUUUCUGGGUGCCAGCAAGAAAAUAGUAAACUGCAGAAUGAUCUUCUUGAAAGCAAAGAACAGAAUCAGAAGCUUGAAUGUUUGUUGAAUCAAUUUGAACAGGAAAAGCAAAGACUAAUGGACAAAGUGGAAAAUAUUUCUGUAUCUGAAAAAGAAUUAGUUUUAGAAAUGGAAAAAAUGAGGCUUCAGUUUGGUGUCUCUAAAAGGGAUAAAUCCCCAUCCCGUCUGGAUUCUUUUGUGAAGAAUUUGGAAGAAGACCGAGAUUUCUAUAAGUCACAAGUUGACUACCUACAGAGAACUGUUAGAGCAGGAAGAAGUCCUUUACGAGGCUUGAAGGCUGGAAGGAGUCCGUCUGUUUCACCUGCUAAGAUUAAUUAUGAAGUUGACUUGAUUCAAGUUAUCAGAGAACGUGAUGAACUUCAAUCAAUGUUAGACCACAUUGAGAAGCGCAUGAUGGAAAUUCAAAGCAAAGUAAAAAUCCUAACUGGUGAAAAGGAAAAUUUAAGUAUUCUUUAUGAACAGGCUCAAGAGGAACUAUCCAGACUGCGAAUGGAAUCGAUCAGAUCUCCGAAAUCCCAAAAGUCAGCAGUGUCUACUGAGGUGAUAUUUCAUCGAGUAGAAGAUGAAAGGGAUGAAGCUGUUGCAGGUUUACAGAGAAUAGCAGCAGAGCGUGAUAGUUUAAAAGAGCGACUAAAGGCUGUUCAAGAACUGGCCACCACUGACAGAUCACAAUAUGAAAAAAGAUUGUCCGAGAUGGAAAACACAAUACGUGAGCUGGAAAAAGCAAAAUAUCAUCUCAAUUGUGAAUUGACAACACUGAAGCUCAACAAAUCCGCAUUUCAAGAUGAAAUUAGGUCUCAAUCAAGUAAACUGGCUCAAACAGCAGAUGAAGCUACUCAUUACAAAAUGGAAUUAAGUUCGCUCAGGUUAUUAAAAGAGCAAACUGAGCAGUCUCUUUCUGAUGUCCAGCACCGUCUCUCUGGAAAAGUCAUUGAACUUCAGAAUGCUGAAGAUCAAAUAAGUGAACUUAAAGUUCAGAUAGAUAAUCUAGCUAGACAUGAGUCAUCACAAAACGAGAAUAUUAACCUGCUGAGGAAGACUAUUGAAGUCCUUGACAAGGAAAAAGACCAUCUUCAAGAAACAGUUGAUAAGAAGACUGAGAAAAUAGCAUUUCUGGAGGAAACCAUUGCUACCAAAGAGAAAAUGCUUUCUGAUAAUCAACACAAGGUUUCUGAGUUGGAAUCCUUAAUUGAUCAAUUCAAAGAUUCACUAAAUGACCGUCUCAGAGAGAUUGCCAGUUUGAGGCGCCAGCUUGAUGCAGUACAUAAGGAACUUUCAGAUGUUGGUAGUUUCCGAGAAAUAACACUCAGGGAAAAUCGGAGGUUGCAGGAUGAUUUGGCUACAAUGAGCAUGGAAAAUCAGAGAAUUCGUACAGAGAUGGAAGAAGCUAUGCAUGAAAAAGAUGAGCUGAAAUUAAGAGUUCAGACCUACAUUACUGAAGUUGCCAGAAUACAAAAUUUAAUGGCAUUGAAGGAGAAAGAAAAUCUUGACCUUUUGGAGCAAUUCAGAAUGGCACAUAGUCAAGUUGAAGACUGGGAGGUUAAGCUUCAGCAGAUAGAAGGGCAAAAUAGCUCCAUUAAACUGGAAUUACUUUCUACAGAUACAGAAAGAAGACAUUUAAGAGAAAGAGUCAACAACCUCGAAAAGGAAAUCAAUGAGCACAUGAAUGCACAACAAGCAUAUGAGACACAAAUCUCAUUACUCACUAGAAACAUGGCCAAGUUGGAGGAAGAACUAAAAAAGGCAGAUGCUGACAAAUCAUCUAUCAUAUUAGACCUAGCUUCUGUCAGGGAGCUUUGUGUUAAGCUUGAUUCCAACAAGGACAUGUUGUCUCGGCAGCUAAAUUCAAAGAAUAUGGAACUGGAAAGGCUGCUUGAAGAACUGGAAGGUGUCAAAUCAGAGGCUGAACAUUUAAAGAAUAAACUAUUCAGUGAGGAGUUAACCGUGAAAAAUCUUGAGACACUUCUGUUGAGAAAUCGUGAGAAAGAAUUUCAAAGUCAUCUCAGCACACACGAGAAGGAGUCUGAAAUUACUCUUCUCAGGAAUAGACUUACUUUAGCAGACAGUAAAACUGUAAGCCAAACAAGAGAAACCGGGCAGCUUAGAAGUAAGGUUACUCAACUUCAGACAGAAGUGGAUGUUCUCAAAAGACAACUUACUACAGAGAAGUUUGAGCGUGAGCGUGCCAUACAGGAAAUGAAGAGGCAAGGACUUUCUCUUUCAUCUUUUAGAAGUUCUUCUCCCCUCAGUUCCUCUUUUAGUCCAAAUAUCCAUUCACCUGAUCGAUCCAUCUUGAAAACACCAGAUUACUCAUCUGAAAAAUCUGGAGAAAAAAGUGUGAGUUUCAAGGAAUAAGAGCCAUUAAAGACUUUUAAC